AUGUCUAAUUUAAAGGUACAUUUACGCAUUCAUACAAAAGAACAACCUUACGUUUUUGAAUACUGCGUCAAACAGUUUUCGCAAAGAAAUUCAUUAAAAUUCCAUUUAAGUAUCCACACAAGAGAAAAACCGUAUGUUUGUGAAGUUUGUCGUAAAGCGUUCACCCAAAGAGGCGCUUUAGCGAAACAUUUACGUGUUCAUUCGAAGGAAAAGCCUUAUGUCUGUGAAGUCUGUGAAAAGCCUUUCUCACAAUUAUCUAACUUAAGAACACAUUUGCGCAUUCAUACGAAAGAACAACCUUAUGUUUGUGAAGUUUGUAGUAAAGCGUUCUCCCAAAGAGUCACUUUAGCGAAACAUUUACGUGUUCAUUCGAAGGAAAAGCCUUAUGUCUGUGAAGUCUGUAAAAAGCUUUUCUCACAUUUAUCUAACUUAAGAACACAUUUGCGCAUUCAUACGAAAGAACAACCUUAUGUUUGUGAAGUUUGUAGUAAAGCAUUCACCGAAAGAGGUAAUUUAGCGAAACAUUUACGUGUUCAUUCGAAGGAAAAGCCUUAUGUCUGUGAAGUCUGUAAAAAGCUUUUCUCACAUUUAUCUAACUUAAGAACACAUUUGCGCAUUCAUACGAAAGAACAACCUUAUGUUUGUGAAGUUUGUAGUAAAGCAUUCACCGAAAGAGGCAAUUUAGCGAAACAUUUACGUGUUCAUUCGAAGGAAAAGCCUUAUGUCUGUGAAGUCUGUGAAAAGCCCUUCUCACAAUUAUCUAACUUAAGAACACAUUUGCGCAUUCAUACGAAAGAACAACCUUAUGUUUGUGAAGUUUGUAGUAAAGCGUUCACCCAAAGAGGCACUUUAACGAAACAUUUACGUGUUCAUUUGAAGGAAAAGCCUUAUGUCUGUGAAGUCUGUGAAAAGCCUUUCUCACAAUUAUCUAACUUAAGAACACAUUUGCGCAUUCAUACGAAAGAACAACCUUAUGUUUGUGAAAUCUGUGGAGUAGCAGUAGAUGAUGCACAGAGGAGUAACAUUAGCAGCGUAGAUGACAAUUAUUUAAAAUAUGCAAGUAAGGUUAUCACCUCUGCUGCACCGUUUCUGUUAGGACCUGAAAAAGAGUUCUGA